CAGCUCCGAGCCCAGCGGCCGCAGUGUCCCCAGUCUCGUCGGUCCAGCUUCGGGCGAGGGCUCCGCACGGCCUUCAGCCACGCCGGGUCCAUGGCUAUGGAGGCAGCUUCCUCGGCGUUGGCCGUCAGGGCCAUGGGCCCGGCCGUCACCGGCUCGUACGGGGUCUUCUGCAAGGGGCUCUCUCGCACCCUGCUCGCCUUCUUCCACCUGGCCUGGCAGCUGCGCAUGAACUUCCCGUACUUCUACAUCGCGGGCUCCAUCAUCCUGAACAUCCGCCUGCAGGUACACAUCUAGAGCGACCAGGGCGGGGCGGGGCGGCCCGGUGGCGACUCCUUGGCGACCCGAAGGGGCAGCGGCCGACUGCGCAGCGCGCGAUCUCGCGAGAUGUUGUGGAGCCGCCUCGGCCACGCCCCGGAUGACACCCCCCCCCAUGACCCCCAACGGCCCCUGCGUGAGCCCCAGAACGCGGAGCCCUUAGAGUAAGACCCCCCGGAAAUAUUUCAGACGUUAUCCACCCAUCAAUAAAAGUAGGACGGACUCAAUGUGACCGAGGGCGCAGGAUACAUGAAAGGCUACUAGAUUUGUCAGAAAAAAAUAACGAACGGCAAGCGAUGGCCAGAAUUAAAAUGAGAGGUCGGUGAACUUCGGGAAUAUUGGAUUGGAUUGUAAGCAAUACAUUUGAAUGGCUAAGAAGCCGAGAAAAAUAGAAAUGUCAUACGGACGGGAUAUAAUUUCUCCCACAAAAGAAAGCAAUGACAAUUAGAGACUCUGAACAAAACAAUGAAAACUACCAACAAGGCAUUCCUCGAAACAAAAACCGUAAAAACGCUGCAGGAUUUCGAACAGAUGCGAAUGUAAACAAACGGAUUCGAGUUCAGUCUCCCUUUGAGUAGUAGUAAUUGGAUCAAGACCUUGACGCCAAAGAAGAAAACCCAAAGACAACGCUUAGCAUUCAUUUAAUAUUUAAAUACCGGAAAUUACGAUUUUCCUUUUUUUUUUUUUUUUUAGCGGAACACAAUUGUAAUUACAAACUAGAAUGCAAAUGUCAUUGUAUGGUUGGCAAUUGGGCGUGCUGGGGAGGGGGAGACGGGUAAUUGUGUCCUUAGAAAGUGAGAAUUGAAGUGAUACUGUGUGUUGAGAAGAAAGAUGUAUUUGACUGUUUAAAGGAGUCCAAGUAAGAAAUCCGUGUCACUGUCUUGGGGAAGGAGGGCCUGAAGUCCACAGGAAUUGCCUAACGAAGAAAGAUGAAGGGAGACGACACGAGAGUAGCUGAUAUAUUUGAAUUGAAACAGAGUUUAGUUUUUCAAAGAGUGUAGGUGGAUUAGUAAUCUCUACAUUUAAAAACCGAGGCAAUUAUGAGCCCUUCUCAAAAUGCAAAGUAAUUUAACAAUACACUACAUGCCUCAACUGUGAAUAGUCGUAGUCAUAGUGUUCGAUGCCAUGAAGUCAGUUCGAACUCGGCCAUCCUGUGUACAGAAAAAGAAACACUGCCAGGUCUUGCUCCCGCCCCAAACCCUUGCUGUUGAGCCCACUGUUGCAGUCACUGUGCCAGUCCUCAUUUUGAAUGAAGUCAACAAGUGCCCCUGGGGGUGGAGUGGUUAAAUGCUAGGCUGUGGCUGCUGACUGGUCUUUGGUUUGAACCCACCGUCCCCUCGGAGUAGGACAAAGAAGUGGCAGUCAGCUUCUGUAAAGAUAAUGCCAGGGAGGCACUCCGGGGCCGUUGGACUCUGUCCUGCAGAGUCACUAUGCCUGGGAAUAUACUCAACCAGACCAGGUGGAUUUCUUUAACCACCGAGGGAAAGUGUCUUGGGGAAUGAAUUCAGACCUAAUACAGAAAAGUCAAGAAACGAAUGUAAACAAGUUUGACGUGAAAAGAGGUCACUGAUAAGCAGUUAAGAGUUCAGAUUGGUUGUAUGGAGGAAAGAAAGCAGAAAUUGGGUAGGGAGAGGCAGGUGACUGCUGUUGGAUUUUUUGAACUAUAUAUAUUUCUUUGAUUAAAACUUCAAUACAUCUCCUUUUCAGAUUCCCUCUAGAUAAUUUAAGUGUACAACACUAGUUAUGAGCCACAAGAGUAGAAUGGGAUUGAGUUUUUCAUUCAAGCAGACCUCUGUAGUUUUGUAGUCUUAUGUGCUUAUUAAUCUGUCUAUUAACCUAUCUAAACAGGUUCCUCACCUGUUAAAUGUCUGUGUGAAAAUUAGAAAUAACCCUGCCUUAGUCCACGGUAAACUAAAUUGUGUGUGUAUGUGUGUUACUACAGAAUGCCAUGUUAAACUGUGAAUAAAAUGUACACAUGUGAAAA